AUGGCGUACUCUGUCUCAGACAUCUCCAAAGCAUCCGCGUUGGGUGUAAUAUUUAUCGUGACUGUUUUGGGAAAUGCUUUGGUCGCAUAUGUUCUCAUCAAGAACUACACGCGUCUCCUCAAAAAUCGUCCAACGUAUCAAUUUAUCUUAAACAUAGUUCUUUCCGAUCUUGUAGUUGGCCUUCUAACGAUUCCUUUCGAGUUUACUCGCGAACUUCUUGGCAAUUGGGUAUUUGAACGAGAAUUGUGCAAGAUAGUCGAGUACAUUGAAAUUGCUGUCUCAGGGACUGCAGUUUAUACUCACGCGCUAAUCGCCUAUGAUCGAUAUCGCAGCUUGGCUAGACCUUAUCUACCAAAGUUGGAUGGAAAACGCGUCAAGAAAAUGAUAGCAAUGGCAUGGCUUGUUCCCGCUGUUAUGGCUGCCCCUUAUUUGUACAUGUUUGAAGUGCAAAUGAUUCCCUCAAUGGCCAAGACAAUUUGCAGUCCAAGAGCUAUUCCAAUAAGUUGGUUGGAUAAAUUUUACGAGGCAGUUGAGUUCCUAGUUGUGCUUUUACUCCCGUUCAUAGUUUUGUGUAAGUGCUAUUUUCAAGUGACACUAAUUAUGUGGGGAAGAAGUCCCAUGGUUGCAACGGACAGUUUCCCCGCUACAUCACGUUCGAUUAUUCACAAGACUAAGAAGCGCGUUACGCGAACAUCUGGGCUGGUUGCAGCAACUUUCACAGUGUGCUGGUUGCCAACUUUUGUUCUGAGCUUUGUUCGGAUUGUGUCCGGCACAGAAAGUGUCCAUAGAGGACACGUUCUUUACGAAAUUUCCAUGUUCGGUACAUUUAUCAACGAGGCGAUAACCCCUGUUAUUUACUGUGCUUUCGAUAAGAGUUUGAGAGCGAGAAUUGCCGCUCGAGCUAUUUGCACGUAUUUAACAGAAUCGUCAAGAUCAAGCGUUCAUAUUGAUCAAACAAUAAACACAGUGACCCAAAAUACUGCGGCCGAUACGAACCGAAAGAGGGUGAAAUUUAGAAAUCUUGAUUUUAACACUGAACUGAAUCAUGAGAGCUGCUCAGAGGGUUUGAAGAAUCUUAACGAAGAAACAAGAUUGCAGUCUUACUCAACACCGAACGAGAAAAUUAACUAA